CUUUCUUUUUUUUUUCUUAUGUUCUUGCUUUGUGGUCCUCAGGGGUUUUUCAAUGCUCUCCAAUGUGAGCUUAUCAAAUAUCCAGGAAUAACAUUUUGCAACGUUUACCCUGGGCCUGUGCAGUCCGACAUUGUGAAGAAUGCCCUAACUGAAGAAGUAACUAAGCCCAUGAAAAACGGCAUAGAUCAGUCUUACAAGAUGUCCACGAGCCGCUGUGUCCGGCUGAUGCUGAUCUCCAUGGCCAACGAUUUGAAGGAAGUCUGGAUCUCUGAUCACCCUGUCUUAUUGGGGGCAUACAUAUGGCAGUAUAUGCCAACCUGGGCCUUAUGGCUAACCUCCAAAUUGGGGAAGAAAAGAAUACAAAACUUUAAGGAUGGUCUGGACCCAGACUUGUCUUAUAUACUGCGGAAGACAAAGACGGAUUGAAACAACCCCUUGGGAUGGAUGUCUGAGCCACUUAUUGAGAAUGACGGGCGGUCUAAGUAAGCGUCACGUAGAAGGCGGGUCAGUGACUGCUUUCUGGGUUAAUGUUUUUAUACAAACAUCUAUUCACUAUGUAAUGAAUAAUAAAUAUACCUUGUCCUGUAUCUUGCAAAUGUGUGUGAACACGCGUUACCUGCUUGAAUAAAGGAAUAUUCACAGUAUUUUA